AUGGAGGCGAGGGCGAAGGGGAUGGUGGACCGAGCUUUGGAGCAAGGUGAUAUGAAGCUUUUGACGAGCGGAAAACCCGUAGGCGACAAGGGCUUCUCGUUCCCUCCUGCAGCUUUUAUCGAAGGCGCCGGAGAAUCUGAGAUCGCAACCAAAGAGAUCUUUAGCCCGGUGCCUGUUAUCUAG